AAUAUAUAGUGGCCUCCCACUCACUCCUACCUACACAAAUUAAGACGACUCCCGCUCCUUUGCGUAUAUCUACUUAUUAUUCGUAGUCGUCGUCUUCCAACUGGUUUUGGAGGUCCUUAACAAACUAAAACUGAUUCUGCAGAGAGGGGGGAGAUGGAAACUGUGGCCUUGGUGAUAAUUGCCGCAACAAUUGUUAUGGGUUUCACCGAUUCAGCCAUCGCUGAAAAAGAAACCGGGGUCAUCCAUGUAGGGGGAAAGGUACUGUGCCAGGACUGCACCCAGGGCUGGAACGAAUGGGCUCAUGGUGGCAACCCCAUCAAAGGUUGCAAGGUAUCGAUAACAUGCAUGGACGAGAGAAGUAGAGUGGUGUAUUAUGGGAGCGACGUGACGGAUGAAUUGGGGCAAUUCGACAUCAUCGUGAAAAAGUUCAUAAAUGGGAAGAAACUGAAUACGAAGCUAUGCUGGGUGAGAUUGGUGUCGUCUCCACACCCUACUUGCAACAUUCUCACAGACUUUGCCGGUGGACGGAGAGGGGUGAAGCUUAGCCUUCCGGCCACCUUGGUGUACCGCGAUCAGACCGAGUAUACGCUAGGUCCCUUCUAUUUUACUAGCCCGUUGUGUGAUGAACCCGAUACCAACGACAACUCCGACGAUCCUCAAGGAACCCACUAUUGAUCAUCAUGUUUCUGAUUAAUUAAUUUACUUGUUUAAUUGUUCUUCUUCAACGUUUUUCUAAAUUUCCUGAUCGAUCAUGUACUUUGGGACCAUUUUACAUAUAUAUU